UUUCGACUUUUGAGCCUGUUAACUUAACGGAAGGAAAUAAAGAAAGUGAGAGAGAAAGAAAGGAAAAAAAGAAGCUUUCUCUUUUACCAAACAAAUGGUAGGAAAAGAAAAAGUAAAGAAAAGUUAAAGUAUCAAUUUUUAUUUGGAUUCCACUACUUUCAUCUAUCUCAUCUCAUUUAAUUCUGCUCCUCCUUCUCUGAUGCGGGUUAUGCUGCAAAUUCGAGUUUGAACUGAAAAGGGUCUCUCUUCAUCUGCCUCUCUCUUGUUUCUUUCUGCUAUUUUGGCGUUUUUAAUCAGAGUUUUGGCUCCACACUGUUCAAGAUUUCGCUAAGCUUCUGGUACAGAUCAUUCCGUAGUCGCUGGGGGAUUUUGCUCUUCUUCUGGGCUAUUUUUAUUUUUUUUAAAAAAAUUCACUGAAGAAGCUAAUGAAAUUUUGUUGUAAACUAGAGUUCAUUUCUGCGAAUCUCAGAAUGAAGAGGAGGCAAACUCACAGAAGAUUGUGCCUUUUUGGUGGGUCGUAACAAACCUUAAUUUAUGUCCCUUUUUUUUUUCAUUCCCUUAGGAAAUUAGAGCACCCACUUAAUUUUUCAAGUGUUUGUAAAUUUUAUUUUCAAUUUCAUUUUUUGAAAAAUAGUGUUCCUGGAUGGGAACAAGAUGUCAUCUCAGGAAUAGUGGAUUUGAGAUCAGUGGUAGUCCCUUGUUUAUUUUAUUGCGGUAGUUCUCUUCUCUCUUAUUUUUUCUCCAUAUAUAUUUUCAUUUGUUUGAGCUUUUGAGAGAAAAUCCCAUAAGGGUAUUGUGGAGAUCUGGGAUUUGUUUAAUCUGUUAUGCCCCAUGAGGACUUUUUUCCCCUCUGAAUCAUACAAAGACACUCAGCUCAACGCUCUCAAUCCACAGUCUUGGCUCCAGGUUGAAAGAGGGAAAGCUAUUAAAGUUUCAUCACCCCCUCCUUCUACUUCUACUUCUACUUCUUUCUCCUCAUCUAUAGAGUCUCUCAUCAAGGUCCCUGAGCCUGCCAUACUCCCUUUUUUUAAACCUGCUGAUUAUGUUGAGGUAUUAGCCCAAAUUCAUGAAGAGCUUGACUCUUGUUCUCCAGAAGAGCGGUCGAAUCUCUACUUGUUACAAUUCCAGGUCUUUAGGGGCCUUGGAGAAGUUAAACUGAUGCGGAGAAGCCUCCUUGCUGCUUGGCAAAAUGCUAGCACUGUUCAUGAAAAACUUGUUUUUGGAGCAUGGUUAAAGUAUGAGAAGCAAGGGGAAGAGCUUAUAGCUGACUUGCUCGCCACUUGUGGUAAAUGUGCUCAAGAGUUUGGCACCAUAGAUGUUUCUUCUCAGCUUCCUUUUGAGGUAAACACAAGUUCCUACGAGACUGUGUCCGUGAAUGGGAACCAAAUUUUGAAAAGUGUUGUUUUUAGAAUUGGAGAGGAAAAAAUAGUUUGUGAUAGGCAGAAAAUAUCAAGCCUUUCAGCUCCAUUUCAUGCCAUGCUUAAUGGGUGUUUCUCAGAAUCACUCUGUGAGGACAUAGAUUUAUCUGAAAACAAUAUUUCUGCAUCUGGUAUGAAGUUAAUCAGAGAAUUCUCAGUGACUGGAAGUUUGAGUGGAGCCCGACCACAUCUUUUGUUGGAAAUAUUAGUUUUUGCAAAUCAGUUUUGUUGUGAAAGGCUCAAAGAUGCUUGUGAUAGGAUACUUGCAUCUUUGGUGUUGUCUAGAGAUGAUGCUGUGGAGCUCUUGGAAUGUGCUUUGGAGGAGAAUUGCCGUGUCCUUGCCGCAUCUUGUUUGCAAGUUUUUUUAAAUGAUCUUCCUAAUUGUAUAAAUGAUAGUCGAAUUGUGGAAAUAUUCCGGCAUGCUGAUAGGCAACAGAGAUUUAUCAUGGUUGGACCGGCAUCAUUUUCGCUCUACUGUUUAUUAAGUGAAGUUGCUGUGAACCUUGAUCCUCGUUCAGAUACAACAGCUUGCUUCCUUGAAAGGCUGGCUGAAUUCGCUGAAAAUGACCGGCAAAGAAUGCUGGCUUUUCAUCAGUUGGCAUGUGUGAGGCUCAUGAGAAAAGAGUACGAUGAAGCCGAACGUCUCUUUGAGGCAGCUUUAAAAGUAGGACAUCUUUACUCUGUUACAGGUUUAGCUAGACUAGCUUGCAUUAAGGGUAAUAAACUUUGGUCCUACGAGAAACUCAGCUCUGUAAUUUCCUCAAUGUCCCCACUUGGAUGGAUGUAUCAAGAAAGGUCACUAUACUGUGAAGGUGAUAAGAGGUGGCAAGAUCUUGAGAAAACAACUGAAUUGGACCCAACUCUUACUUACCCUUACAUGUUCCGUGCUGCUUCCAUGAUGCGAAAUGAGAAUGUUCAAGCUGCACUUGCAGAGAUUAAUCGGAUCCUUGGAUUCAAACUGGCAUUAGAAUGCUUGGAGCUACGGUUUUGUUUCUAUCUUGCUCUUGAGGAUUACCAAUCAGCUCUAUGUGAUGUUCAAGCAAUUCUUACACUCUCCCCAGAAUAUAGGAUGUUUGAGGGACGGGUGGCAGCAUCCCAACUUCGAACGCUUGUUCGUGAGCAUGUGCAAAAUUGGACAACUGCAGAUUGCUGGCUGCAACUGUAUGAUCGGUGGUCAUCUGUGGAUGAUAUUGGAUCACUAUCUGUUAUCUACCAGAUGCUUGAAUCAGAUUCAGCAAAAGGCGUCUUGUAUUUUAGACAGUCGUUGCUUCUCCUCAGGUUAAACUGUCCUGAAGCAGCCAUGCGGAGUUUACAGUUGGCUCGUCAGCAUGCAUCCAGUGACCAUGAACAGCUUGUCUAUGAGGGUUGGAUUUUAUAUGAUACAGGUCAUUGCGAGGAAGGACUAAGAAAAGCUGAGGAGUCUAUUAAAAUCAAGAGAUCUUUUGAAGCCUUUUUCCUGAAAGCAUAUGCACUGGCUGAUUCUAGCCAAGACCCAUCUUGUUCAUCAUCAACUGUUAUUUCUCUACUUGAUGAUGCCUUAAAGUGCCCCUCAGAUAGGCUACGGAAAGGCCAGGCACUCAACAAUCUUGGCAGUGUUUAUGUUGACUGUGGGAAAUUAGAUUUGGCAGCUGAAUGCUACACUGAAGCUCUUAAUAUCCGGCAUACUCGAGCCCACCAGGGGCUAGCACGGGUGCAUUCCAUGAAAAACAAUAAGUCUGCUGCGUAUGAGGAAAUGACUCGAUUGAUUGAGAAGGCCCAGAACAAUGCCUCUGCUUAUGAGAAGAGAUCUGAAUACUGUGAUCGGGAACUCACUAAGGCAGAUCUGGAGAUGGUUACGCGUUUAGAUCCACUUCGGGUUUACCCUUACAGAUAUCGAGCUGCUGUGUUAAUGGAUAGCCACAAAGAACAGGAGGCCAUUGCUGAAUUGUCGAGGGCAAUUGCAUUCAAAGCAGAUGUUCAUCUUCUACACCUAAGAGCCGCAUUCCAUGAACAUAUUGGGGAUGUGUUGGGUGCUUUACGAGACUGUCGAGCUGCCCUCUCAGUGGACCCAAGCCAUCAAGAAAUGCUGGAACUUCAGAGUCGUGUAAACAGCCACGAGCCCUGAAUUGUGGGCUACAAAGAAGAAAAAGGACCAAAAAAAAUGUAUCACCUGUAUAUUAGCAGUAAGCAUGUGCAUGCAAGGUACAUGUCAUAUGGCAUUCUGUUUUAUUGGGUCCAAGUUUUGGUAAAAGAUUUUUGUAACAUUAUUUAUAAUUGUGCGUCCAUGUUUCCAUCGUGACUUUAUUGAAUUCAUAUGAAGAUGCCUCCAGAGCUUGUAUAUUCA